AAUAGCCUGGUCCACACUGCACUUCCCUGCUCUCUGUCAGAUUUCGACCAUUCCUGCCUGUCGAGCACAAAUUAUGAACUCUCCCCCCCUUCAGAUGCCAGCCUAUAGGACUCGCUCAUAAUGCACAAUGCAGCUAGUGUCUCAGCCUCUCUGGGGUCUAUGGGACUUUUGCAUCUCUUCGGGGUGUCCUGGUCCUGGAGUCUGGCAGCAGGCCUUGGGGUAUAUCUGGGCACAAGAAGCUGGAAAUACUUCUACAUUGCAGCGCGUACUGCCAAGAGAGACCUCAAUGGCCUGUAUGUGCUGUUGAGAGUGAAGCUGGCUUUGUGGCGUUACAUGCGCAAUGGGAGCAACAUUCCUUCCAUCUUCGCUCAGACAGUAAAACUUCAUCCAAACAAACCAGCACUUAUCUAUGAAGCUACAGGGGAAACAUGGACCUUCAGGCAGCUGGACGAGCUGUCCAACGCAGUGGCCCAUUGGGCAAGAGGUCAGGGAUGGGUUUCCGGGGAUGUGGUGGCUCUCUUCAUGGAAAGCAGGCCGUUACAGGUGGCACUAUGGCUGGGCUUGGCCAAGGUUGGGGUGGAAGCUGCGCUCAUCAACUUCAACCUCCGCCAUGAUUCCCUCCUGCACUGUAUCGGGGUGUCAGGGUCACGGGCUGUUGUAUUCGGAGCUGAGCUUGCUGAUGCCAUGUUGGAGGUCAGUUCCUCCAUCACCCAGUCCAUGGUACGGUUUUGUACAGGAGACCUUAGUGCAGAACAACUGGCCUCUCUGGGUGCUCAGCCUCUUGACCCAAUUUUAGCCACUGCAUCGAGACAUUCCCCUUCACCUUGUGUUCCCCCUAAAGGCAUGAACGACCGCCUGUUUUAUAUUUACACCUCUGGCACCACAGGACUUCCCAAGGCUGCCAUUGUGGUUCACAGUCGUUACUACAGAAUCGCUGCUUUUGGGUACUUUGCUUUUCGCAUGCGCCCUGAUGACAUCAUCUAUGACUGCCUGCCUCUCUAUCACUCAGCGGGGAAUAUCAUGGGAGUUGGGCAGUGUCUGAUUCACGGCCUCACUGUAGUAGUGAAGAAGAAAUUCUCUGCCAGCCGUUUCUGGGAAGAUUGUAUUAAGUACAACUGCAGUGUGGUGCAGUAUAUCGGGGAAAUCUGCCGCUACCUCCUGUCUCAGCCUGUGCGGCCGUCGGAAAAGGGCCACAAAGUUCGGCUGGCGGUGGGAAAUGGGUUGCGCCCCAGUGUGUGGGAGGCCUUCACAGAACGCUUUGGGGUGGGGCAGAUUGGCGAGUUCUAUGGAGCCACUGAGUGCAACUGCAGUAUUGCAAACAUGGAUGGCAAGGUGGGAGCCUGUGGAUUCAACAGUCGCAUUCUCCCCAAUGUGUACCCCAUCCGUUUGGUGAGGGUCGACGAGGACAGCAUGGAGCUCAUUCGCGACAGCCGGGGCCUCUGUGUACCUUGCCGCCCAGGGGAGCCAGGGCUUCUGGUAGGUCGUAUCAACCAGCAGGACCCGUUACGGCGAUUCGAUGGCUACGCUAAUCAGGAUGCAACAAGGAAGAAGAUAGCUCACAAUGUCUUUAAGAAAAAUGAUUCUGCAUAUUUAUCAGGUGAUGUGCUGGUGAUGGAUGACCUGGGCUACAUGUACUUCAGAGACCGCGGUGGAGACACGUUCCGCUGGCGAGGAGAAAAUGUGUCCACCACCGAGGUGGAGGGCAUACUCAGCAGUCUCCUGGGUCAGACUGAUGUGGCAGUGUAUGGCGUGGCAGUGCCAGGUGUGGAAGGUAAGGCAGGCAUGGCUGCUAUUGCAGACACUACAGGGACUUUUGACUGCAAUGAUUUCUUGCAGAAAGUCCAGCAAGCGCUUCCGCCAUAUGCUCGCCCCGUGUUUCUGCGAAUCUCCCCACACGUAGACACCACAGGUACAUUUAAAAUCCAGAAAACCAGGCUGCAGAGGGAGGGAUACGACCCACGUCUCACAGCCGACCAGAUCUACUUUUUGAACACUAGAGCCGCACGUUAUGAGGCCGUAGAUGAGGAGCUAUACAAUGCUAUAGCGGAGGGAAGAAUGUCUCUAUGACAUGGAGGCCAUAGCAAGGCAGUCAUGGUGCCUCGGUGGAACAGGUGCUAUAGAGAGAGAGGAUAAAACGCAUGUGCUGGUUUUGGGAUCAGUAAGUCUCGGUGCACCGCCUGCCCAGAUUUUAAACGUUCAGGGAACAGAGUUGAGAGGACUACUUACAUAGACAGAGUACUGUUGCAGAUGAUGUUUUAACACUGUAUGAGUAACACACCAGGACAUAGUGUGAGGGCAUUUAUUCCCUUUAAUAACCUCUUUUUAAUUAUUAAAUGAACACCUCAAAAAGCCUUUGCGCAUCACCGAACAUAAAGAGGGCAUCUCCCACGACCAAUCUGAAAUAGGAGCAUGUUAAAAUAUUGUGGUUAGGACAGCACGGGUGAUAUCAAGUCAAAUGUCGUUACAGGGUAUUUUACCCAUAUAUGAAAUAUGCUGCAAGAUUAAUUCUGUGUAGGAUUAAGCAAUACUUGAGUGUGAAGCUAUGGAGUUGCUGCCAUGUGUUUGGAUGAGACUGAAAGGCCAGACUUGAACAUGCUGCACACGUGGCUACUAAAUCAAACACUAACCAUAGAGUCUUACAGCAUUGGAAAAAUAAUCUCACAUGUCAUAUUUGAACCUCUGAACAACACUGGCACGGGUUUGCAAAUACACAUUCUGUAUGUGCCUUAUGCGAAAACUUCACAUCUGUGUUUCAUUUUUUUUUUUAUGCUCUUCAUGGAAAGGAGCUCAAAAUCACAAUAGUGAUUGUGUGCCAUUCAAAGUUGAGGCACACAUAGUCACAGUCAUUUUAUGUAAUAAAUCUUAUCAGUGUAGUAAUAUAUGGGUGUUAAAGAUUGUAAAGCUAUUUACAGUUUCAAAUCUUCCAGACUACAUUUGUUUUGUUGUAACUCAAAUUAAAUAUUUUAAAACA